GAAAAGGAAAGCUCGAGACGAUGGACGAAGCUCUCACAGCAAUGGUCACCGAGCCGUUUAGCCGCGGGCUCUGCGUCCUCAUCAUUCUCGUUCAGUACCUCGCGAUCUGGGUCGACCGCACCGUGCUCUACCCGUCGCCACGCAUCGACCUCUCGUUCGUGACCGACGACGACUACGCGUCAUCCGACAAGAUUGGCCGCAUCGCCAACCGCCAAGAGCUGCUGAUCUUAUUCCGCAAGAGCAAUACCUUUCUGCGCGUGCUGCUCGAGAGCCUCGGCCCGCUCGUGGGCUUUGUUGCCCUCGCUCUCGGCAGUACGUUGGUGUCGAGCGUCGUCCAGUGGCUCGUCAUCCUCCCGAGCUUUGCGCUGGUCGCGUACGGGUAUCUCUGGCUCGCGAUCGACAAGUUCAAGGCCGACGACCUGGUCGCGCAGUGGGAAGCGUGGGAAGCCGCCAGCAUCGCCGCGCUCGAGGUCCGCGCCAAGCUCGCAGUCUAAGUGACGCUCAACAAGCUGUGUUUUGCUCU